AAUAAGCUUUUCUGAUCAAACGGUGCACCCACGUCCUGCUACUGAACUGAGUGUCCAACGGAACAAGGAUGCCCAGUCUUCCCUUGAAGGCAAUUGUGUAUGCGUAGAACACCUGGGUCCAUGAAUCUCCCUAAUGAGGUACAGAAGGUGCUUAUCGUCCAGACAAAGACAUUCUGCCAGUGCUGGAGAGCCGCAGACGGAAGUCCUCUCUGCCUCUCGGAAAUGAAGCCAAGCUUUCUCCUCUCUCCAGCCCUCCUCUUUACCGUUGUCUAUGAGCCAAGUUCUACCAGCCAGGGGCAAAUUCAAGGAGAUCUGUGAGCGCCCAAAUGGCUCCUGCCAGGAAUUUUGCCUUGAAACAGAAGUCCACGCCGGGCAAUGUUUAAAUGGCCCAACAUGCUGCCUGCCCAUGGGGAAUGAGCCCUUCAUCGAGCCUACAACACCCAAGGAAAGAUGAAUUCUUUUUGAAGCUUUGUGUUUCUUUUGACGUUUUAUUCUGUCUUCUGUGUUCUCUCUCUCUCUCUCUUUCUGUCUUCUCACAGGGAUUCUUAUGGAGUCCUCAAUAAAUAAUAAAGCAAAACGAGCAAGCACAAGACCAACUUCAAAAGUUCAUCUUGUACAUUUUCACUCCAUCACUGUUUGGUCCCCAUCUUUCUGUCGGGUGUGGACAAGCUUCUAGUUAAGUGACCAGGUUGGGU